AUGGUUAAUUUAUUAUCUAAAUUGCAGCAUAUUGGAGUAAUGUUCCAAGGUUCAUCUGAUCGAGGAAAAAAAACUAAAAAAGCAAUUACUUUACCGAAUUUAGCUGCUGCUGGAGUUCGUGAAGUGAGAUCUGACACCGCUCCUAACGAAAGGUCGAGAAAUACAUAUAUAGCUAAUAGAGGUAAACGAAGGAGCAAUGAUAGAAAUUCAUUUUCUCGUCCAAAAAAAAAGCCCAUUUAUAUUGAACAACAAGGAAUUUUUUCGGAAGGAUUGAAUGAUGGUGGAAAAAAUUUGAGGGCAAAAACUAUUACUUCAGAUGGUAUAUUCAUCACUAGGAUAGAUCGUGAAAACAAAGCUGAUGAUGAUGGUCAACGGAUUAAUUCUUCCUGUGAUGCGUUAACAUAUGGAGGUGAUUGGUUAGAGGACAAUGCAGAUGAUAGAGAAACACUUGAAGGAUUGCUAGCUGAUGUGUUUAUUAGCGAUCUUCAACCUGGAACUGUUAUGCCGGAUGUACUGCCAACAUGUGAUGAAAUACACUUUCAACCAUUAAAAUAUAAAGAUAUUAAAAAAGAAGAAGUCGAACUAGAAAAUACUGCCAUAUCAGUGGAUUCGUCAUUUCGUGGAAAUUGUUUAAGAAGUGAUAACGAAGCGGGACCAAGCAAUUGUUUAAAUGGAAAUGUGGCAACAUUAGUGAAUGACAAAGACUAUGUUCAAAUUUCGAGUUUUUCUUCUAGUGUAGCUGAUACCGAAUUGAAAAAUUUUUGCCAAGGAAUGGACUCAGAACUUUGUGUAUUCCAAUUACCAAGUUCUAUAAAUUCGUUUUCAAGAUUUUUUAAUGGAGAAAAUAAGUGUACUGUGAAUAUGGAAUUGUCGAGUACACAGGAUGAACCGUGUUCAAAUGAAAUGCAUUGUCUGGAACGGUUUCCAAAUGGUGCAUGUAUUGGCAAAAUAAGGAUAAGAAAAAGUGGUCGAACUGAGCUUGAAGUCUGCGGGGUUCCCUUUGAUAUUGACUGUGGUUCGUAUAGUGAGUCGCAGAAUCAGUCUCUUUUGUUUAUUGAAACGAAUGAAUUGGAAACAAAAAAUAUGAUUUCUAAAAUCGAGCCGACAUCUACUGAUGAAAAAUUGUUAAAUGGCAAGGCCCAUAUGAUUGGAACAAUUAGUAAGACUUUUAUUUGCUCACAUAGUCUUCCACAGUUACUUCAAAAUGAUACCGCUCAAAGAGAGAUUAAAAAAUAUGAAUCACAUCAUAUUGAAAAUUUCGAUGAUAAGGGAGAUGAGGAAAUGAGGAAUCUUUUGACCGAAUUAAAAAUUAUUAUAAAGAAAGAACAACUUUGGUCGAACUGGAUUAGCAAUUAUAAGUAA